AUGGCCGUCCCGGACUCGGUGCUUUCCUGGCUAUACAGUGUCUUGCAUGAGUACCACGACCCUCAGCGAACAUACUCGGACCUCGCCCAGACGCUUGCUGCACAUCCGUCUUUGGCUCCGCGCACUGAAGUGUACACCUUUGAAAGCGGCGCCUCUGCACUAUUGAUCACUCUUGCUGGAACUCUGCCUGUCGACUGGAGAGGAACGACGUAUCGCUUUCCCGUCAAKCUAUGCAUUCCGCACCAGUUUCCUCAACAUGCACCCAUGGUGUAUGUAAUUCCCGCCAAAGACAUGAUGAUCCGCCCUGGCCAACAUGUUGGAGUUGAUGGGAGGGUCUACCAUCCGUUUCUGCGAGAUUGGCCAAGUAUGUGGGAUCGUGCUAGCAUUCCCGCAUUCCUGCAUCUCGUACAGCAGGUCUUUGCAAAGGAGCCUCCGGUUAUUAGUAGACCCCAGCAGCAGCAGCAGCAAAUCCAGACGCCGAUGAACCAACAACAAGGAGCACCUGGUCCCUCUAUCCCGCCGCUCCCUCCAAAGCAGAAUGCUUCUACCAGUGCUGGUGCUUCCAGGAUGCCUGAAAUGGGUGUUAACUCGCCGCCUCCAUUACCACCAAAGCAACACGGCGAUGGUACUGCACCUGGCCCUUCGCGUAAUGUUGCAAGUGACGGGCCUCCGUUGCCUCCGUUGCCUCAUGAAGUAGCACAGCGGCGAUCACAACCUCCACAUCCUACCGAAGGAUAUAGAACCCCGUCACGCCCACAAGGAGCACCGCCGUCUGGAUAUCAAAGUGGAAGACCACAAGAACCUCCACAUCUUCCCGCGAUGCCUCACCGCCAUAACUACAGCACACAUCAGGAAGCAAGUCCUGUAUCUCCUGUGUCGCCCAUCAAUGGAUACUCGCAGCAAACUGGGCCAACUUACCUCCAUCAACAACCCCAACCACCGCAUCUCCCAUCGCAAUCAUGGCAGCCCUCACCGUUGUCAAGAAAUCCUCAGCAGGUCGCACCUCAAAUGCCGUAUCAGAAUCAACAAGCGCCUCAGCAUUUCGCGCAACAACCCCAACAGCCACAUAGCAAGCAACCAGCGCCCGACCUACUAUCCGAUCCAUUCGAUGUAGCCCUUCCCACUCUAUCCCCAGGAUCAGCAGCCGAAGCACCUCCAAUUCCGCCAAAUCCGGAGAAGGAGCACCUCUUGCACGCUCUAUCUUCUUCUCUCGUGCAACAAGCCCAACAGAAAGUGAACCAGAAUCUCUCCGCACUUGCCCCUCUGCAAGCUCAGCAGAACGCAAUGCACGCUGCUCAGGAAAGACUCCAAGGUGAAAUCCGCCAACUUGAGCAAUUGGAACAAGCGCUCGCAAGCAACGAAGCUAUUCUGCACCGCAGCAUUCAAGAGUGCGACCGUACAAUUUCAACAGCGAAAUCCAAAAAGCAACCCCCCAUAGAUGAAGUGCUCAUAGCUCCCACUAUGGUUGCCAAUCAGCUGUGGACAUUAUGUGCAGAGGAAGCAGCAUGUCGCGAAGCCAUGUACGUUCUACAAAAAGGCGUUGAUCGAGGCAGAGUCRGCGGGAAUGACUUUGUACGCCAAAUGCGUGGACUAGGUCGCGAGUGCUUCUUGAAAAUGGCUCUGGCGAGGAAGUGUGCUCAGGGUAUGGGUCUGGRGACUCGAGGUAGAUGA